AUGGAAAUUAUAAUUUUUCUUGGGCUCCUGGGAGCUACACUUUCUGCCCCGCUUAUCCCACGGCACCUUAUGUCUGCUAGCAACAGCAAUGAGUUACUUCUGAACCUUAAUAAUGGUCAACUUUUGCCACUGCGGCUUCAGGGUCCCCUCACUUCCUGGAUUCCUCCAUUCUCUGGCAUCCCAUUGCAGCAGCAGGCUCCAAUUCCAGGACAGCCUCAGGUCUCAUUGUCAACUCUGGACCAGCUUGUUGGACUGUUACCAAAUGAGAUUUCUUUCCCAAGACAAGUUGCUUUUGCCCAAGGAACCCAGAUUGGCCAGCUGGACCCCUCACAGCCUCAAACACCAUCACAAACCCAACAAGGCCCUAAUCCUGUAAGUCAUGUGAUGCCUUAUGUGUUUCCCUUCAAAGUGCCUCAAGAACAAGCACAGAUGCACCAAUACUACCCUGUUUACAUGUUUCUACCCUGGGAACAACCUCAACAAACAGCCACACCAUCACCCCAACAAACAGGGCCCCAGCAAUUUGAGGAACAGAUACCAUUUUAUGCUCAAUAUGGAUACAUCACACAGCCAGAAGAAACUACAAGAAGUGUACCAGGAAGACAGCAGCAAUCAGCCCUUGAUCCACUCCUCGGCACAGUGGCUGAAACUGUCCUAAUGCCAGGAGAAGGAGUGAUACCAUAUUUACAAAAAGAACUGGUGAACUUUAGGCAAGACAAAGCUGGAGUGCUUAUGCAUUCAACUUCACCCAAACCGAGCACUGCCAAUGUUUUCACGGCUGGUGUAGACCCCACUAUUGCUUCUACGCUUCCAGAAGAAAAGGCCAAGACUGACAGCCUAAGAGAACCGUAAGAUGGUGUCCUAACUAUCAAGAGUUUUUG